AUCUAUAAUUACACCAUGAAGCCUGAGACUCCAAGAUGCACGGGGAGCAUUGAUGCUCGGGAACUGCGCUUUUCUCGUUCAAUGAUCUUUGCCAUCGAAGAGAUAAAUAAGCGCCCUGAUUUGCUGCCCAGCAUUAAACUUGGAUAUCAGAUCUAUGAUUCAUGUGCAUCUGUGCCUGUGGCUGUGCACGUGGCAUUUCAACUUUCAAAUGGACAAGACCCUGUGUUUUACAAAGGCAGUAACUGUUCUUAGUCUGGUGUUGUGAUGGCUGCUGUUGGUGAAUCUGGAUCAACGCCUUCCAUCAGCAUGUCACGGAUCAUGGGGUCUUUUAACAUUCCUCAAGUCAGCCACUACGCCACUUGUGCUUGUCUUUCAGAUAAACAACAGUACCCAAAUUUCUUCAGAACAAUUCCAAGUGACCAGUUUCAAGCCGAUGCAUUGGCCAAGCUAGUGAAAUACUUUGGUUGGACUUGGAUAGGGGCUGUCCACUCAGACUCUGAUUACGGAAAUAGUGGCAUGGCGUCUUUUCUUGAUGCAGCUCUCAGAGAGGGGAUCUGUGUGGAGUACAUUGAAUCCUACUUUCGAACUGACCCGAGCAGCAAGAUCCAAAGAGUUGCGGAUGCCAUUCGCAGGUCAACAGCUAUGGUUGUUGUGGCAUUUAUAGCUUCUGGAGACAUGAGAGUCCUGUUGGAGGAGCUGGCUUUGGAUCCUCCACCACCUCGCCAGUGGAUUGGCAGUGAGUCCUGGGUGACUGACACAUUCAUGGUCAAGUACCGUUUCUGUGCAGGAGCCAUUGGAGUUGCUAUUCCACAGUCUGUCAUCCCAGGUUUGAGAGACUUUCUGUUGGAUCUCUCUCCCUCUGGAGUAGCUGCCUCCACACUGCUUACUGAGUUCUGGGAGGAUGCAUUCAACUGCAGCUUGAGAAAAAGUCCUGGUGUAAAUAAAGGCUUGUGUGAUGGAACUGAAGAUCUAAAAAGGCUUGAGAACCCAUACACUGAAACAUCUCAGCUUAGAGUAACUAACAUGGUAUAUAAGGCUGCUUAUGCAAUUGCACAUGCUUUUCACAAUGCACUGUGUAAGGAAAUAAAUGGCACAACUCAGUGUGACAAACACAUCAAACUGGAUGCAAAUCAGAUUUUUUUAGAAUUAAAGAAAAUAAACUUUUCUGAAAAUGGUUAUCAUGUGUCAUUUGAUACUAAUGGGGAACCUGUAGCUGCAUAUGAGGUGGUCAACUGGCAAACAAAAGACAAUGGAAAUACUGAGGUAGUAACAGUGGGUUAUUAUGAUGCAUCACUGCCGGCGGGCCAGCAGUUCCAUAUCAACAGGAACAUAACUUGGAUGGAGGGGGGAUUGCAAGUACCAGUGUCGGUUUGCUCUGAGAGUUGCCCUUCGGGAACACGUAAGGUGUUACAAAAAAGAAAACCCAUCUGCUGCUAUGACUGUGUACCAUGUCCUGAAGGAGAGAUCAGUAAUAGCACAGAUUCACCUGAUUGCUUCCCAUGCCCAAGAGAGUUCUGGCCAAAUGCAAAAAAAGAUGCUUGUUUCCCCAAACCUCUUGAGUAUCUUUCUUUUGAGGAAAUCCUAUCAAUUAUCCUGGCUGCAUUCUCUGUUAGUGGGGCUUGUCUAGCGAUCAUUACAGCAGUGGUACUCUUUCAUCACAGGACAACUCCAAUGGUCAGAGCCAACAACUCUGAGCUGAGCUUCCUCCUGCUCUUCUCUCUAAUCUUGUGUUUCUUGUGUUCAUUAACAUUCAUUGGAGCACCUUCUGAGUGGUCCUGCAUGCUGCGGCACACAGCAUUUGGCAUCACCUUUGUUCUCUGCAUCUCCUGUGUUCUUGGGAAAACUAUAGUGGUUUUAAUGGCCUUCAAAGCUACACUUCCUGGUAACAAUGUAAUGAAAUGGUUUGGUCCUCCACAGCAAAGAAUGACUGUGGUAUCUUUUACACUUAUACAGGUUAUAAUAUGUAUUAUUUGGCUAGUAGUGAGUCCUCCUUUCCCAAGAAAAAAUCUAACUACAUAUAAGGAGAAGAUUGUACUUGAGUGUGCAUUAGGCUCUGCUGUUGGCUUCUGGGCUGUGCUCGGCUACAUCGGCCUGCUCGCUGUCUUUUGCUUUGUAUUAGCUUUCCUUGCUCGGAAACUACCUGAUAAUUUUAAUGAAGCCAAAAUGAUAACUUUCAGCAUGUUGAUAUUCUGUGCAGUCUGGAUCACCUUCAUCCCAGCAUAUGUCAGCUCUCCUGGAAAAUUUACUGUGGCAGUUGAGAUAUUUGCCAUUUUGGCCUCCAGCUUUGGACUGAUACUGUGUAUAUUUGCUCCAAAGUGUUUCAUCAUUUUGUUUCAACCAGAGAAGAACACUAAGAAAUAUUUGAUGAACAAAAAUUAA